UGAUCAGUCGCGAGGGAGAGAGAGAGAGAGCAUAGGAAAUGGAGAAAAAGCAAGAAGAAAAAGAAGCAGUUCUUCUUGUCUUCCUUCUAGUCACCUCUUCACAGCGCCCUUGCUGUAUUCUUUCCUCAUUCUUCUCUCUUUCUCUCUCUACUUUCUCUUUCUAGAUCUCUAGACACACUCCCAUAUCUCUCUCUGUAGAAUGGAGAUGCGUGUCUUGCUUUGGUCUUUCUAUGACAACACAUGAAACUCCGUUGGUUUUGUGGCAAGUGAAAGCAUGUGCUGUGGCUCAGAACGAUUGAAACUGAGAUUGUCUUCCCUCCAUCAUCCCCUUUUUCGAUUAACAGGACUAGACCUACUAAGAUGAACAUGAAUCACUUAACUGUUGAAACUGAAGAUGCUUUUGGCAGUUUGCUUGAACUUGCUGCUAGUAAUGACAUUGAUGGAUUCAAGAGAUCGAUUGAGCGUGAUCCAUCUGAUAUUGAUGAGGUUGGACUGUGGUAUGGACGCCAAAAGGGCUCAAAGCAAAUGGUUCUUGAGCAUAGAACCCCUUUAAUGGUUGCUGCUACAUAUGGUAGUAUGGAUAUUCUGAAACUGAUUCUUUCUCUGUCUGAAGCUGAUGUGAAUCGAUCAUCUGGCCUUGAUAAGAGCACUGCUCUUCACUGUGCUGCAUCGGGUGGAUCAACAAAUUCUGUUGAAGUUGUGAAAUUACUAUUAAUGGCAGGUGCUGAUCCUAAUUUGAUCGAUGCUAAUGGCCAUCGUCCUGUUGACGUUAUUUUUGUCUCUCCUAAGCUCCAAGAGAUGAAAUACACCCUUGAAGAACUUCUUGCAACCAAUGGUUCAGUUGGUGAGGGCAAUCUCCGGGUGUCAACAGCAACUUCAAAUUCAAAUUCUCCACCGCUUUCUCCAUCCCCGGAAAACAGAUCCCCGUCAUCUGAUUCUGAUUCAGCAUCUUCUCCCAAGUGUUUGAAGUUCAAUGAUGUCCCAGUGUCUUGUGCAUCAGAGAAGAAAGAAUACCCCAUUGAUCCAUCCUUGCCCGACAUCAAGAAUAGCAUUUAUUCAACUGAUGAGUUUAGAAUGUUUUCUUUUAAGGUCCGACCUUGUUCUCGUGCCUACUCACAUGACUGGACAGAGUGCCCUUUUGUCCAUCCUGGGGAAAAUGCUCGAAGAAGAGAUCCAAGGAAGUACCAUUACAGUUGUGUUCCUUGUCCUGAGUUUCGCAAAGGGGCUUGUCGAAGAGGGGAUAUGUGCGAAUAUGCACAUGGGGUAUUUGAGUGCUGGCUCCACCCAGCUCAAUAUAGGACCCGGCUUUGCAAGGAUGGUACAAAUUGCAACAGAAGAGUGUGUUUCUUUGCCCACACACAAGAGGAACUCCGACCCCUAUACGUCUCUACUGGUUCUGCAGUUCCCUCCCCUCGCUCAAGUUCGUCUGCAGCUAAUGCCAUGGAUUUUGCCACUGCCAUGAACAUGUUACCUUGCUCUCCUUCAUCAGUCCCUCUCAUGUCCCCUUCACCUUUCACUCCACCUAUAUCUCCAUCUGCCAAUGGCGUUUCAAACAUGGGUUGGCCCCAAUCAAAUGUCCCAACAUUGCAUCUCCCUGGAAGUAAUCUCCAGUCUAGUCGCUUGCGUUCAUCUCUUAAUGCAAGAGAUAUCAAUGCAGGAGACUUGAAUAUGUUGCCAGAUUUUGAUGUGCAACAACAGCAACUCCUAAAUGAAUUAUCAUGGAUUUGUCAACAGAGUAUUAAUAACAAUUCUUUGAAUCGUUCUGGUCGUUCAAAACCCUUAACUCCUUCAAAUCUUGAGGAUCUUUUUUCUGCAGAGAGCUCAUCUCCUCGUUAUUCUGAUCAAGCACUGGCUUCAGCUGUUUUCUCCCCCACACACAAAUCAGCGAUUCUCAAUCAAUUCCAGCAGCAGCAGCAAAGCAUGUUAUCUCCAAUCAACACAAAUUUCUCACCAAAGAAUAUUGAUCACCCUUUAUUGCAAGCAUCCUAUGGGGUUCCAUCUUCAGGGAGGAUGUCUCCCAGAAGUGCAGAGCUAGAUCCUAUCUCACCACUAAGCUCUCGCGUUUCUCUGCUUGCUCAGCGCGAGAAGCAGCUACAACAGUUUCGAAGUAUGAGCUCACGAGAUCUUGGCUCUAAUUCUGAUGUCAUUGUUGGCUCUCCUAGUGAUUCUUGGUCAAAAUGGGGAUCAUCCAAUGGGAAGCCGGACUGGGCUGUUAAUGCUAAUGAAUUUGGUAGGCUUAAGAGAUCAUCGUCAUUUGAGCUUGGGAACAAUGGUGAGGAGCCUGAUCUAUCAUGGGUUCAAUCUCUUGUCAAGGAAUCUCCACAAGACAUGAAGGAAAAGUAUGCAGUGCAUGUUUCCGGUGUUGCUAGUGGUUCGGCUGCUGCAUCUUCGGGCUUGGGAUCAAACUUGAACUCCCGGAUUGAUUCAAAUGAUCAAUCAGCUCUGGGCACAUUGCUUGAGCAAAUGCAGCUUGAUCUCUGUUGAACUGAAAAUGGUUCUCAAUGAACCUUUAGGUUGCAAAAAAAUCAUUUGGUUUUGUUAAGAGUAAAUAUUUCUCUUCAUUUUGGAUAUUGUUGGUGGUGGGUUAGGAUGGGAGAAGAUGAAAUAUUUGGAAGGGAAACCAUUUUCUGGCAUUCAAAAUUCAUAGUAAAAGCUAGAAAGGGUGAGAAAAUCUCUUGGUAUACUGAAGAACAAAGUCCAGAUUAGGUAAUUCUUCUCCAAUUACCAAUAUUUUUAGAUUUUUGGUCUCUUUAGUUGUCAUUUUUUUCCUUCAACAAAUGAUCCUAAUGUAUCCUUGAAAUGGAAGUACUUGUAAUCCUGAAGAAAAUGAGAAUGUUAAUGAAGUUUUUACAUUGAACAGUUUACUUUGGUACAUGUAUAUU